GCUCAUUGCGUCUUUCCGGCUCCGUGUUGGAAGUAGCACUGCGCUGUGUCUUCCUGGAGAAGAAGGUGCUCGGAGGGACGACCGUGGUGCCGGAUGUGAAGAAGAGCGGGAGCGUGGAGACUCGGAGCCCGAGGACGCGUUUCCAUUGGUGACAUCUUGGCGGGCCCAUCGGUGGCACUUCCUCCUUUACACCCCGUGACCCACGUCCGGCCCGCCGCCCUCAGUCACGCGGCCUCUGCCUCCGGGACGCAGCCCCGCGCGCCGGCCUUCCGGACUCCGGACCCGUCGUGGUUAAUAACAAAAGGAGACGCACCUGGACUUUACCGGAGCCUUCUGCGUUUUUAAGCGUCGGGUGGAAUUAGGGGUCCUUUGGCUGUAAACCGCGCUUGUUUGAAAAUAGAAAUCAGUCCUGCUCCUCUCAGCGGUAAGUCUUAGAGCAAAAAUGUCAACUGCGUAAUCCUGAGGCAGCGUCUUUUGCUCACUGUGGUUUUAAGAGUAGAACUGUUUGAGUAAUUAAGAUACUCAGGACAACCUUGCUCUAGUGUGCCACCAGCUGUAGGCUAGUAUUUAUUUACAAAUAAGGGUGAAAUUGCUCCUUAGGUCCUACUGCAACACAGAUGCAAAUAAAAGGGUGACGCCACGGUCCCUCUGAAUACCCACCCCUUCCUGAACAGAGGAUGGGGGUUUAAGCCGGCCUGUGUACUCCGUAGAUAAACCUAAUCAGUCAUGGCACUCGGAGGCCCGCCCUGUUUAUCUUGAUUGGAUCUACCUGAAUCCGAACUAAAUCCCGUCUAACCAGUACAGUGAAGGAGAGAGCACAUUCUGGAGAGCCUCCCAGGAGCCUUAGGAGUCUGUUUAUAAAUGCAGAAUCUUGCCCUAUCCCACGUACGUUGUUUCAGAAUCUCACAUUUUAACAACAUCCUGUACAGUACAGAUAAUUUGAAUCUCCAGUUGCGGGACCUAAGAGCAGUAUAUUUUCACACUCCAGCGAUUACAACGUGUGCUCCUGUGAGACCCGUGCUCUCUAUCAGUGCUUCAACGUGUGUUCGCGGGCAUGCGCGCCCCAUUUCAGUCUUGUGAAAACUGGCCUCAGCGUGUCUGGCCGCUCCUACGCGUGCAUGUACGAGGAGGGUCCCCACGAUGUUGGUCUGCAGACCACACUGGAAGGAACCAGGAGCUGGGGUAAACCAUAUAAAAGAAGGGAUUCAGGUCAUUUAAGAUGCUUGAGUUCUACCUCUCAGAUUCCACUGGGAGCUAGCAGGAGGGACGGUUGAAGCUUUUUGAAAACCAUCUUCCAGAGAAUUUGAAAUUAAAUACCUUACUUUUAUACAGGUUCCCCCAACACUUCCGGGAUAGUAUCUUAUGUAAUAAUCACAGGAGGCUAUAAAGACAAGUUUAUCUUUAACACGAGGCACUUAAGCGAAAUUAACUUGACUUUCCCGGUUUUACCUUUCCCAAACUAAGAAUGUAGUUUAGUUUUCCAAUGUACUCCUGAACUUCAUAUAUCCUGAUCCUUUGGGACACCUUCAUCACUUGGCUGUGGGUGAUGGUAGUAAUGUUUUUCCUACUGAAAAGCAUAUUUUAACAUAUACUUAUAUUCUUGUCAAGUUAAUUAAAAUAUCAACAUCAGAGCAAAUACAGGUCACAAGAAAUGAAGUUUAUCAAACAAAACUGGGAAGGAAAGACUUGGGUAUCUCCACCCUGACCCUCAGGGAGUCUUACAAAUUGUAAAUUCUGUUGAAUAGUUUCUGGCAAGCAGACUGUGGCGCUCCUCCCAGUAAAGGUCUGGCAGCUUCUGGAGUCUCUCACCUCCUGCCCCUGAGGUCCCUACCCGGAACUGUUCUGGCCUUGUUCCACCCCCUCCCUGAAGAAGCCCCUCCCACCCUUAGUAUUUAGAUAUCCUCACAGAGCUUAGAGUUUUCUAAGUCUCAUCUGAGGCUAGUGAGUGUUUUCUUGCUGUUAUCCUUUGUAUUACCAUAUGAAAAGGUAAACCUUUUAAAUGCUAUGGGGGCUGUCCUGGGUGUGUGCUUUAAUUAUGGAAGCUUCAUGGCUUUAAAAGAAUUGCUGCCCCAACCUGCUCUUCCCUGGAGAAAGGGAGCUGGAGCCCAUCCUAGCCCCGGCACCACCAUCCCUGUUUGCUCUGGUGAGUGCUGGGCCACUGAGGCAGACGGCCAUAUCGCUCUUUUUUAGGACAAUUCGUUAACCUACCAGGAGUGUCUCCGACUGUGGGCAUCCCCUCCCCCCCCGGGUUGUUCUUUAAGCCACAAAAAGCUGCACCCAAGCUUGUUUGACGUCAGUCCUCUCAAGUGUCCAUGAUGCUGGGCCCCGAGGGAGGUGAAGGCUUUGUGGUCAAGCUCCGUGGCCUGCCCUGGUCCUGCUCUGUUGAGGAUGUGCAGAAUUUCCUUUCUGACUGCACAAUACAUGAUGGGGCUGCAGGCGUUCAUUUCAUCUACACUAGAGAAGGCAGGCAGAGUGGUGAGGCUUUUGUUGAACUUGAAUCAGAAGAUGAUGUAAAAAUGGCCCUUAAAAAAGACAGGGAAAGCAUGGGACACCGUUACAUUGAGGUGUUCAAGUCCCACAGAACCGAGAUGGAUUGGGUGUUGAAGCACAGUGGUCCAAACAGUGCCGACACCGCCAAUGAUGGCUUCGUGCGGCUUCGAGGACUCCCAUUUGGAUGCACCAAGGAAGAAAUUGUUCAGUUCUUCUCAGGGUUGGAAAUUGUGCCAAACGGGAUCACAUUGCCUGUGGACCCCGAGGGCAAGAUUACAGGGGAAGCCUUUGUGCAGUUUGCCUCACAGGAGUUAGCUGAGAAGGCCCUAGGGAAGCACAAGGAGAGAAUAGGGCACAGGUAUAUUGAAGUGUUCAAGAGCAGUCAGGAAGAAGUUAGGUCAUACUCGGAUCCCCCUCUGAAGUUCAUGUCUGUACAGCGGCCAGGGCCCUAUGACCGCCCUGGCACGGCCAGGAGGUAUAUUGGCAUUGUCAAGCAAGCAGGCCUGGAGAGGAUGAGGUCUGGUGCUUAUAGUGCAGGCUAUGGGGGCUAUGAGGAGUACAGCGGCCUCAGCGAUGGCUACGGCUUCACCACUGAUCUGUUUGGGAGAGACCUCAGUUACUGUCUCUCAGGCAUGUAUGACCACAGAUACGGAGACGGCGAGUUCACUGUCCAGAGUACCACUGGACACUGUGUCCACAUGAGAGGGCUACCGUACAAAGCCACAGAGAACGACAUUUACAACUUCUUCUCUCCACUCAACCCUGUGAGAGUCCAUAUUGAGAUUGGCCCUGAUGGAAGAGUGACGGGCGAAGCCGAUGUUGAGUUUGCCACUCACGAAGAAGCUGUAGCAGCAAUGUCCAAAGACCGGGCCAACAUGCAACACAGAUACAUAGAACUUUUCCUGAAUUCCACAACUGGGGCCAGCAAUGGGGCGUACAGCAGCCAGAUGAUGCAAGGCAUGGGGGUGUCGGCCCAGUCCACUUACAGUGGCCUCGAGAGCCAGUCUGUGAGUGGCUGUUAUGGGGCUGGCUAUGGAGGCCAGAACAGCAUGGGUGGAUAUGACUAGUUUUGUAGGAGCAUUUGAGUUAUUGCAAUCAAAUUUUCACAGGCAGCCAACAAGCAGUGAAAAGCAAUUAUUACUCUAGAGGAAGCUGUGGGACCCAUUUUGCACCAUGAGUUUGUGAAAUCUGGAUUAAAAAAUUACCUCUUCAGUGUUUUCUCAUGCAAACUUUCUUCUAGCAUGUGAUAUUGAGUAAACUAAAACUAUUUUCAGCUUUUCUCAAUUAACAUUUUGGUAGUGUACUUCAGAGUGAUGUUAUCUGAGUUAAAGUAGUUUUGAGUACAUUAAAUGGAUCUUUUACACCACAUCACCGUGAACACAUUGGGGAGACGUACUUUUUUGGAAAACUCAAGGUGCUAGAUCCCUAAUUCAAAGAGGAACAUUUCUCAUGUUUGUUCAUUCUAGUUUAUUUUCAUUUAAAAUCUUUUAGGUUAAGUUUAAGCUUUUAAAAAUAAGUUAGUUUUGAAAAUUGAGACACAUUACUAAUACUGUAGGAAUUGGUGAGGCCUUGACUUAAAACUUUCUUUGUACUGUGAUUUCCUUUUGGGUGUAUUUUGCUAAGUGAAACUUGUUAAAUUUUUUUGUUAACUAAAUUUUUUUCUUAAAAUAAAGAUUUUUCCACAAUGA